UAGAGGUAUGCAACAUUGAAGUAUUCAGGAAGAAACACAGCACAUGAACACAUCAUCUUCAGGCAGAGCUCUUUGGUUAAUAAAAACGAUUCAUCUGGACUUAUUCUACCUGCUUCUGCCAUCAAACAAACAUACAAUGGCAUUUAUUCGUCCUCCUUUCUUUAUUCUAGGUUUGAUUGUGGCUCUCGUCACAGCACAAAACUUCACAACUCAACUCAAUAACAGCUCAUCAAGCACAUCUCCAAAUAACGAAACUACUUCAACUGCUGCAACACCUACCAUGAACGCACAAGUAACACCAUCAUCAGCAAUAUCUCCACUAGUACCAUGAACUUCACCACCACCAACAGCAGCACACUUACACCCACACCAACAAUGACAGGAACGGAGGGGGGUGAAACUACUCAAGAUGGCAAAACAUCAUCACCCGAAAUGCCCACACCUAAACCUGGUUAUACUGAUAAAUCCCCGACACCUACAAUGGAAGACAACAACAAGGACAAAGGCAAAACCACCGAUGAGAAAAAAAAUGACUCGACUGGUAUCGUCAUCCUCAUUAUAAUUAUCAUCAUCGUUCUUGGAUUUGGUGUUGUCUGUUUCUUCGCACGGAAGAGAGGAAGGCGCUACUCUGUUGACUUCACAUCCAGACCUGAUGAUGCCAACAUUCCUCUCAGCAUUGUGGAUCCUGAGUUGCCUAUCAAUACUGUACCUCAGAACGGCCUGCAAACCUUUGAAAGUGUCGAAUCAACAAAAGAGCCACAAGAACCAGAGACAAAACCUGAAGCACAGGAGGAACAGAAAGUUGAUCCUGAUAAAUCUGUUGUUGAACCUGCUGCUGAGUCUGCAGCUCCUGCACCAGCACCAGACAGCCCUGAGGACAAACCCAAAGAGGAAGGGGUUGAGACGACUCCUCCUGCACCUGUGGAGCCAAGUGUGGACGAGAAAACUGAUGACGAAGGUGUCGUCUCCAACAAGACGUCAGUGGAAUCGCUAAAGGAGACAAACGAGAACAACAGCAACAGUGCUGACUUCAGACAGAAGCCAGAUUUGAUGUCCAGCAACAGCUUCUGCGAUGUUCCUCUGGAUUGUCCUGUAUGAGACCCCUCUGUGCCCCCUGUGCUGUUCUUCAGGAACUUGAUCGAGGAAUUGCUCACAAACUCACGUGGGUGCAUAAAAAAAAAAAGGACACAGCAGUUUAAACUGUUUAAGCAUCAAGUCAGCUUUUGCUUCCUUUUGGGGAAUAGUUUGUUGAUAAAGCAGUUUUUUUUUUUAUUAAAACAUCAGCUGAGUCCAGCUUUUUAGAUGUUAAAAUCUUAACUGUAUAAUAGUUUGCUUUUAUAAACACAUGUCUUACAGGAUUGAAUGACUAAUUAGGGUUAGGGUGGAUAUACUGGAUAUGUUUUUGGUGCAAGUAAAACACAGGUUUCUCUCUGUUAAGGAUUUAUGUUUAAUUAUAACAUGGAAUACAUUAGUAUUUUAACAAGACAAUUAUGUUUUCAUUUAUUUCUAUUGUUGACAAAUACUAUAAAUUAAUUUACACUUUAAGUUCUCUGUACAGCUGGUUUAACAUGACUUCACUUAUUCAAUGUGUGGGGAACACAAAGGUACCAUAGUGGUUUUAAGUUAUUGUUCACUAUUAAAAUACUAUUGUAGAAAAAAUGUUUUCACAAUGCAUUUGUAUGUGUAAAUACAAGCCUUAGUAUUAAAUGUAUAUAUUGCCAAAUUCCAAAAGAUAUGCUUAAAAAUGUCUGAAACUGUUCAUUAUCCACUCCAUGAAAAAAAAAAAAAAAGGUUAAAUUUUUUAUGUUGUACAUUUUUGGCAUGCACUUGUAAAACAUUGAGAACUUUUUAAAUGAAGAAGAUAAUUAUCUGAUUUUAAUUAGUGUUUUUGUAUACAUUUAGAGUUGAAUUUUGUAUUUUCUAUGCUGCAUUGUUGCUUUCAUCAUUCUCUCUGAUAAAUUGUGAGGGGUUUUCUGUUUCGCCGUGAAAUGUAUGAGCAUGUCAUAUUAAAUGGACGAUAUUGAAA